AUGUCCUACUCCUGGGUAGGAGCACCUGCGGUGUUCAACGGCACCAAUGACGAGACCGGUGGUGACUCUGCCACCGAAAACCUAAACCAAUGGUACCAGUCCGGUGACCAGGCCUUCAUCAUUGUGGCCUCCUGCAUGGUCCUGCUCAUGAUUCCCGGAAUCGCCUUCCUAUACUCUGGUCUUGCACGAAGAAAGUCCGCCCUCUCGCUCAUCUGGGUCGUCAUGAUGUCCUUCAGCGUCAUCAUUUUCCAAUGGUACUUCUGGGGCUAUUCCCUGGCUUUCAGCAGCACGGCCACGAACGGUUUCAUCGGCGAUCUACACCACUUCGGCCUCAUGAACACUCUGGCCAUGCCUUCCCCCGGCUCCGCGCUCAUCCCUGAGCUGCUCUACUCAUUCUACCAGAUGCAGUUCGCCGGCGUUACUUGUGCCCUCGUGGUGGGUGCGACAGCCGAGCGUGGACGAGUCCUUCCCGCGAUGGUCUUCUCCUUCUUCUGGGCGACACUCGUAUACUGCCCUCUGGCCUGCUGGGUGUGGAAUGUCAACGGCUGGGCCUUCAACUAUGGUGUCCUCGACUAUGCUGGUGGCGGACCUGUCGAGAUCGGCUCUGGUCUUUCAGCCCUCGCCUACUCCUGGAUCCUCGGACGCCGAAACGAGAAGAUGAUGCUCAACUUCCGUCCGCACAACAUUUCCCUGAUCCUACUGGGCACUAUCCUUCUGUGGUUUGGCUGGCUGGGUUUCAACGGCGGCUCUGCCUUCGGUGCUAAUCUACGUGCCACAAUGGCCUGCUGGAACUCGUGCUUGACCGCCAUGUUCGCAGCCAUGACUUGGUGUCUGCUCGAUUUCCGUCUGGCCAAGAAGUGGUCUCUGGUCGGCUGGUGUUCCGGCACGAUCUCGGGACUUGUUGCUGCCACUCCCGCCUCCGGUUUCAUCACCCCCUGGGCGUCCAUCAUUCUCGGCGUUGUUACGGGCAUCUGCUGCAAUUUUGGCACCAAGAUCAAGUUCAUGGUCAAGAUCGACGACUCUCUCGACGUGUUCGCCGAGCACGGCAUCGGCGGCAUCGUCGGCCUCAUCUUCAACGCCUUCUUCGGUGCCGACUAUAUUAUUGGCCUCGACGGCGUCAACAAUGGCAUCACCGGCGGCUGGAUCAACCACAACUACAAGCAGAUGUACAUCCAGAUCGCCUACAUCUGCGCCACCUCCGCCUACACCUUCGUCAUGUCCGCCAUCAUCGCCAAGAUCAUCGACAUGAUCCCCGGCCUGCACCUCCGUGCGAGCGAGGAGGCUGAGCUCCUUGGUAUGGACGAUGACCAGCACGGCGAGUUCGCUUACGACUACGUUGAGGUUCGUCGCGACUACCUCGCAUGGACCCCCGCCGGCAAGGAACAGAAGGAAGACGGCUUCCAGAUCGCCCCCACACACGGCAUCGAAGAGCACCAGAACAUGAUGAACGGUAGCAGCCGGCCAGUCUCUAACGAGGCCAUCGUGGUCGAGCAAAAGGCCGAGGCACAGAGGUCGUUCGAGGCAGAGAAGCAGGUAGAGGCUGAGAAGCAAUCCUCUGCCGCUUCUACCAAAUCGAAAUAA